GAAAAAAGAAAAAAAGAAGAAGGAGCAAACCCCCACCCGCCCAGAAAGCCCUGGCCGGCGAAGAUGCCCGACGGCCGACGCCGACGGAAAGGCCCGCUCCGCGCCUACGCCUGCGCACCACCACUAGUACAGCACGUCCGGCUCCUCUCCCGCCUCUCGCGAGUUCCCGCGGCAGGCCGGCGGUCUGGUCCCUCCAGUCGGCACCGCCCGGUGGGAUCCAUGUAUGAUGUAUCUGUAUCCAGCGCCACCCGCCGGCGCCGGCUCCGCCGUCGUACGCGGCCUUCCUUCCUCGGCUCAACAGUCGGAUUCGGCCGCCGCGCCAUGCCACGGCUCUGGGAUACCAGGCCCUGGAAGGUCAGAAGCUCAUAUUACUUUUCAUCGCCACCCUAACCUUGCAACGUAGUACUACUGCUUAUGGGUCUGGAUCCUCUGGGAGUAUCCGCAUGGCAAGGCCUGGCUGCCUAGACAAGUGUGGCAAUGUCAGCAUCCCGUACCCGUUCGGCACUGGAAAAGGUUGCUUCCAAGAACCCUUUGAUGUCACUUGCAAUGAGACAGGGGCAUAUCUCGCUUCAACCGGAGUUAGGGUACUGGACAUCAAUCUUACCCUGGGCGAGGUUCGUGUUCAGAACCCACACAUAGCAUCGCAAUGCAACUACACCAAUGGCAGCACUAGCAGUGGUGGUACGCUUGCUUUAGGUCUUGACCCUUUUCAUAAGGUUUCUGACACCAAGAACAAGUUCAUAUCUAUCGGGUGCGCUACGCUUGCAAUGAUCGUGGGAGUUACCAAGGGCAAGAACCAGCUUGAGUACCCCACUGUUAACUCAUGCUUUUCGUUCUGCACUGAUGCAAGCAAUGUGGAUGAUAGCGUAGAGUGCUUUGGCAUGGGUUGUUGCCAGAGCUCCUUUCCAGGAAACAUCAGCUCCUUCAGCACCCAAUCCGCACCAGUAGAAGAUAUAUACAACUCUACCAUCCAGUCCUUCAGUCCGUGCAGCUACUCAUUCGUCGUUGAGGAAGAUUGGUUCAAGUUCGAUCGUUCAUAUGUGAACUCUACGAAUUUUGUGAGUAACAAUUCAGAUGGGGUUCCUUUGGUACUCGAUUGGGUUGUUGGUAAUCAAAGUUGUUCAGAAGCCAGCAAGAUGGGAUCACAGUAUGCCUGCCAAGCCAUGAACAGUGAAUGCAUUACUGUGCUCAAUGGCCCUGGUUACCGUUGCAACUGUUCUCAAGGUUAUGAGGGCAAUCCCUACCUACAAGGAGGGUGCCAAGACAUCAAUGAGUGUGAACCUGCAAAUCGGUCCUUGUAUCCGUGCAAAGGUAAUUGCAUAAACACCAAUGGAAGCUACACCUGUUUAUGCUCAUCAGGAUUCAGGAGCGAUGAUCCAAAGAGCAUACCCUGCAUUCGCGCAGACCCAUACAAAGCUCAAAAGAUGGUCAUAGGCAUAUCCAUCAGUGUCGUCUUCCUCAUUGUUUGUAUCUUUGCUCUGCGUGUUGAGCAUCAGAAAAGGAAGCUGGCAAAAGAGAAGGAAAGAUUUUUCGAUCAGAAUGGUGGUCAGAUAUUGUAUCACCAAAUUAUGUCGAAACAAGUUGACACAUUGAGGAUAUUCACACAAGAAGAUCUGAAGGAUGCAACAAACGAUUUUGACAAGAGCAGAGAACUGGGCAGGGGGGGCCAUGGCACUGUUUAUAAGGGCAUUCUCAAGGAUAACAGGGUUGUAGCUGUGAAGCGCUCGAAGCUCAUGAAUGUGACCGAAACAGACGAAUUCGUGCAGGAGAUUAUUAUACUUUCACAGAUCAACCACCGGAAUGUGGUGAGGCUUCUAGGGUGCUGCUUAGAGGUGGAGGUCCCUAUACUGGUAUAUGAAUUCAUCCCAAAUGGCACUCUCUUUGGGUUCAUCCAUCAUUACUACGGAACUCCUCCCUCAUUGGACACCCGUCUAAGGAUCGCUCAAGAAUCCGCUGAAGCAUUGGCAUACCUGCAUCAGUCUAUGAACCACCCUAUAGUCCAUGGAGAUGUCAAGUCCAUGAACAUUCUGUUGGAUGACAAUUACAUGGCGAAAGUGACAGACUUUGGGGCGUCAAGGAUGCUCCCCAAAGACGCGGUUCAGUUCAUGACAAUGGUGCAGGGCACCCUGGGAUACUUGGACCCUGAGUACCUGCAGGAGCGGCAGCUCACAGAGAAGAGUGAUGUUUACAGCUUUGGGGUUGUGCUGCUGGAGCUGAUCACGGGGAAGAUGGCGAUCUACCACGACGGCCCCAAGGAAGGCAAGAGCCUCGUGUCGUCCUUCCUACACGCGAUGAAGGAGGAUAAUGUUGAGCGCAUACUGGACCCUAGCAUAGUAAGGGCCGGGAAGGAGAUGCUGCUGGGAGAGGUAGCCGAGGUAGGGAGGAUGUGCUUGGGUGCUAGGGGUGAAGACAGACCUUCCAUGACCCAGGUGGCCGACAAGCUGAAGGCUAUCCGAAGCACUUGGAGGGAAAAAUUAGUGCUGGAGCAUGGUGAAACAGAUCAUCCGUUCAUGCGCUCCUCACCUGCAGCUCUGGCGCGUUGUGAUCCUCUGCUGUUUAGCACCUGCUCGACGGCGACCUAUACGGCUGGAAUAGGUAUAGAAACACCCAGAUGAUAGUCUCAUUCGAUUCUACCAUGUAAGUAGUUGUAUGAGGUCUUACUGUGAGAGUACUGUGAGAUAGUGUUUGCUUAGAGCUUCUGAGAGUACUUUCUGCAGAAAUUAAGUUGUCUUUUAUUUGCCGUACAAAGUAUUUUACAGUAAAUGGUCUUAUUGUGAGAGGAGUAUUAAUUUAGAGGUUGGAAUUGGUUAUUGCUUCCCGUAAAAAAAGAAUUGGUUAUUGCAAGAUAUAUGUCCAAGUUUGGAGAUGUUUGUAUUGUACAGUUAACAUGUCGUGCUAAUGUAGCAUUCGAGUUUCAGUUUUGUAAUAUUCAUGUCAUUUCUUGUAUAGUUUGUAACCAAUUUGUAAAAGAGGGAAAUGGGAUGUUGCUCCUCGAUGGUUCUGUAA